UCUUGCCAGGUUUGUUGUGGCGUCAUCCUUGGCAUAUUUCAAGCUUGGCACAAAUGCAAAACCUGCAACUACUGCUGCCACAAGAAGUGCCUCUCAGACAUCACAAGGACCUGCACCACUGCAAAAAUCUCGGAGAACCCCUGUUUUACGAUGAACAUCUGCCCGGAACAAGGUCUUCACCAGCAGAACUACAGAUGCUACGAAUGCAAAGCUGCCAUCGGAUUUCAGCCUUCGACGAAUGAAGCUCGACAGUGUGAUUACGAUGGUCUCUUCUACUGCAACAAGUGCCACUGGAAUGACUCCAUGGCCAUCCCCGCCAGGAUCGUUUACAAUUGGGACUUCGAUCUCAAGAAGGUGUGCAGGGCCAGCAAAUCUUUCCUCCGAAUGAUGUCCAACCGACCGGUCAUCAACAUCCAGACCAUCAAUCCAAUGCUCUUCACCUACCUCGAGGAACUCAAUGAAGUAAAGAAUCGAAGGAUAGAAAUUCUGAUGAUGAAGAAAUUUUUCGUCGAGUGUCCCAGAGCUCGGAAGGAGAAGUUGCUGACGAAGUUACAGCACAGACCCCACUUUGUGGACGGAUCUGACGUGUACAGUGUGAACGACCUCCUUGACCUGACGAACGACAUCCUUCUGCCUGAGAUCACCAGGAUCCAUGCUUCGUACGUCCAACAUAUCAAAUACGAGUGUGAGACAUGCCAGCAGAAGGGUCAGCGUUGCAUGAUAUGCAGGCACGAAAGCGGCGGUGACCUGCUCUUCCCAUUCGACUGCACUGCCACCGUCUGUCCGAAGUGCUCCUGCCUCAUGCAUCUGCACUGCUACCAGAUGAAAAAUCAAAUCUGUCCUAAUUGUUCGUCAUGA